AACGUCUAUCAUUUUCGGCUCUUUAAACCAGGCGCAUCAUUGAAACCUCACUUUAGAGCACGAUACCAGCACGAGCAGAUUGUUUACAGCUUCUGAAAUACCACUUCAAUCAAUUAAAGAUAACUACAAACAAUAUUUUUCAAACAAAGAGUAGAAAUUGGAGCUUGACUACUUCCUUGAAAUAUUUAAAGUUUACUUUCAUAUCCUCAUUCACUACAACCAAGUCACCAUGCCUGGAAUUGAAAACAACAGGAUGCAGGCCUUCAAGAACAAGAGCAAGGACUCUUCUGAACUUCGUCGAAGGCGUAACGAGGUGUCUGUGGAGCUCCGCAAGGCCAAGAAAGAUGAUCAAAUGCUCAAGAGAAGGAAUGUUAACACAGAUGAGGAGCCUGUUAGUCCUUUACAAGAAAAGAAACAGCCCACUGUCCAGAUGAGUAUUCCAGAUAUUUGCAAAGCCAUCUCUUCCAGCGACUCAUCAACUCAGUUUAAUGCAGUACAAACAGCAAGGCGAAUGCUCUCUCGUGAACGUCAGCCUCCAAUCAACCCCAUCAUUAGAGCAGGACUUGUACCAAAAUUUGUCGCAUUCCUUGGCCACAGUGAUAACCCAACAAUGCAAUUUGAAGCUGCGUGGGCCUUGACAAACAUUGCCUCAGGAACACCAGAGCAAACCAAGGCGGUGGUCAGUGAAGGUGCUAUUCCAGCUUUCAUUAAGCUCCUAUCAUCAUCCCAUCAGAAUGUGUGUGAGCAGGCUGUCUGGGCCCUGGGUAACAUUGCUGGUGAUGGUCCUGAAAUGAGGGAUGUAGUGACACGUCAUGGCAUCCUCCAGCCACUAUUGGAACUCUACCAACCAACAACCCCAGUUCCUUUCCUGCGUAACGUUACCUGGACACUGUCCAACCUUUGCCGUAACAAGAGCCCCCCUCCGUGCGACGAGGUUGUGUCUGGUGUGCUCCCUGUUCUUCAGUCUCUCAUCCAUCAUUGUGACAAAGAAAUUGUAGCAGAUGCCUGCUGGGCUCUCUCAUACCUUACAGAUGGCAGCAAUGAUAGAAUUGAACUUGUCAUCAAGGCUGGUGUUGUGACCAGAGUUGUUGAACUUCUAAGGAGCCAAGAAAUUUCAGUAAUUACUCCUGCCCUCAGGUCAAUAGGAAACAUUGUUACAGGAACCGAUGAACAGACACAGAGUGUAAUUGACAGUCAGAGCUUGCCCUUGUUUGUCGCCCUCCUGCAACAUCCCAAGCAGAACAUCCAGAAAGAAGCUUGCUGGACCAUCAGUAACAUCACAGCAGGCAAUGUACAGCAGAUCCAAUCUGUCGUCUCAGCUGGACUUCUUCCCCCACUCGUCGGCGUCCUAGAAAAGGGUGAUUACAAGAGCCAGAAGGAAGCGUGCUGGGCAGUGACCAACCUGACCUCUGGUGGAUCAGUAGAACAGAUUGUCCAGAUAGUCCAGUCUGGUUGCCUCAAGCCUCUAUGUGAUCUUCUCAAUGUCAAGGAGGCUAAGAUCAUCCAGGUCAUUCUCGAUGCCUUCAAGAAUAUCCUCUCCGCUGCUGAGAAGCUUGAACAGCUUGAGACUGUAUGCCUUAUGAUUGAGGAAGCUGGUGGUCUAGACAAGAUUGAAGCCCUUCAGCAGCAUGAGAAUGAGAAUGUCUAUGAGAUGUCACUAGAGAUCAUCGAGAAGUACUAUUCACCACAGGAAGAGGAAGACGUGAAAGUUGCCCCAUCAACAAACGAAAGUGGAACCUAUGAAUUCUCAGGUCAGCAGUGUGCUGCCCCACAGGGAGGUUUUGCCUUUUAAACCAAAGACGUCUGUAUUCUUUCCUGUAAAUGAAUUGUGUGUGUAACACAGUGAUGAAAACGCUUCCGUCUUGUGUAGAGAUAUAUAACAUUUUGUGGAUGUAUGUGUCUAUGUAUGUACUGUAUAUGUGGGGUAAAAUAAUGCAGCCAAACUUCUGAGCCCAUUCUCUGUCUUUUGUUCCCUUGUAGUUCAGUAGACAUCCUCAAGGCUUUGUAUGUGGCAUCGUGAAUUGUAAAUAUAUGAAAGAUUAUCUCUGAUACAUAAAUGUAUGCAGAAGUGUAACAUUGUCUUGUAAUGGGAAUGAGAGUUGGUCUUUUCUGCCUGCAAGGAUAUUGCUUAUGUGUAGCAACUUCUAAAUUGUUAAUAGCUUAACAGCAGUGUUCACUCUCAUGGACAAUGGGUGUAAAUUGUAAUUUAUCUCAUGUGCAGACAAGUGGUGCAAAAUAUGAAAAGCAUAUAUAAUAUGUUCUGAAAGCAUUAGAAAGAGUUUAAAAUGCAUACAGAAAAAGGAAGAGUGUUUCCUUCUUUGUUGACUGUUGUAAAUACAAGUUGAAUUUGUAAGACUGAUAGUCAAUUUGAAUCCUGCCUUCUUGUAAAAUGCAUUUUAGCAUGACAAUCGAAUGUGAUACUUUUAAUGUUGAUCAACCAGUAGACAAAAAUUGAACUGACAAAAGAAUCAAAGAAGUUUAUGCAAAGUAGAUGUGCUGUUUUGGAUAGCUCUAGGUUAUUCUUUUUGUGUCACAUCGGAAAUAAAAGGUUCCUAAGACAGUAGCACUUUAAGGAAUGCACAGUCCAUGUGAUAAGUAUCUUGGUAUGUUAAUGUUAUUCAAAUGGUGCCUUCUUUUUCAUUUGUAUCAAAAUCUUGUUAAAAAUUCUUUGUUAUCUUUUAUAUUGCAUUUAUUUUCAACAAAAUGAUCACUGUUACAAAAGCUCAUAUAUUAUUGACAUUCCCAUUUUUUUUCUUACAGGAUAAAAACUGAAAUUCAUUCAUUUAUAAAGUAUAUGCUUUUCUAUAACAAUGUGAUUGACUAACCAAUUUUCUCUUCACAGGUUUUUGUACACUUGUAUAUACAAAUACAAAACAUUAUUUUGUACAAAAGAGCAAUAUUUAUGAAUUCUGAAAAUCAGAACUUACAAACGAAACUCGUUCACCUUGCAGAAUAGCAAGAGCAAUAAAACACAUCCUGAUUUCUCAAAUAAA